AGGUAAUUGACAUGCUGCUGUUUAAGGGCAUGGAAGAGUUGAAGAACGUUGUGGACCACUCAAAGCAGAGGCACCAUAUUGUUGGCAAAUACGUCGUCGGUAACCAAGGUCUUGUGCAGGACCUUGAACACAAAGAUCAGGGCAGCUCUAAUUUCCUGAAAAACUUUUACAGCAGCAACUACUUCUAGAUUUCUUAGUAAAACUCCGUUGUCUGGGGUUUUUUCAUUUCAUCCCCAAAUAAUGAUGCCAUUUGCUUGCAUCCUAGUCUUGGAUAAAAGUUUCUGCUCUUUAUCAGUAAUGAGUACUCUUCUGAGUCCAGAACAGGUUGUUAUUUUUGUUUGCUUUGAGAUGGAAGGCGUUCCCUUUAUCGUUUAUCAUGUAAGAGCUAUUUUAUUACUGUCAUAAUCGGAAGGCAAAAGUGUACCUUGUGCCUCUGUCUCACUUCUAAUAGAAUACAGGUUUUAUGAUGA